AUGUCGUACCCAACGCGGAGUCGUGAAAGACCAUCUCGUCAAUCGUACAUGCCACAACAUAACCCAUACCAACAGCAACAGCCCAUCUCUAUACCUACCAUACCAAACUUAAAUUCAAACCUGUUUCAUACAAACAAUAGCAACAACACAAGGAAUCAUCAGCGUACGUCACCUGUCAUUCUCCUCUUAUCUGCAUUUUCACCAUGCAUCUGCAUAUUAUCAGAUAUGUGA